AUGCAUUUACAUCUCUAUCUUCACGAGACCAUCAGUGAUUUUGGACCAGUAUAUGGAUAUUGGCUCUUUGGGUUUGAGCGAUAUAAUGGUCUGCUAAAGAACGUGAAUACGAACAGAAAAAAUUCCUUUGAGGUUACAUACAUGAAUAGUUUCGUCCAAGAUACAUUCAAAGGUGAUUUCGUUCAUGCUGCUCUCACAUGCCCAAGCCAAGUACCGUUUCUUUCUCUUCUUGUCAAGCUUACUACCACAGCUCAACCCUCCACUUCAAAAAAUACAAUAACUUUUCCCCAGCGUCCGUUCAGACUAUCAGCCUUCAUCCAAGCAUACUCAAACCCUUCUCUUCCAGUCCUUGGCAAUGAACCUCUUCCUCCAUUCACAUUUCCUCUCCAUAUCGAACCCCCAUCAGCAAUGAGUGAUGUCGACUAUCCUCAUUUGCUUGAUUACUAUAAAGUUACAUACUGCAUGCCAAAUCUUGAAGCAUACACUGGCCAAAUUCAGUAUCUGUUCUUGCACUCUUUCACUCUACCAGUAGACGACACAGAGCUCCAAACACGUGUUAUUUAUCAAGAUAAACAUGUGUUUGCGUUUGUUAAGUGGUUCCAGAUUGAGCAUGACCGUUCAAGAGAGUUGGAAAGUGUUGACAUCUGCAGUGCAGAUUUUAUUGCAUGUGAUUUUGAAUGCAUCUUGCCAGUACAUCGAAUAUCAUCAGUUGUUGCAACAUGUGAUUAUAAAACCAGCACAAAUAAUAAGAAAAUACUUGUUAACGCUUUAUCACACAAACAAUACAAUUAA